AUGAGCAGUAUCUGGAAACGUACAAUAAGAAACAUGUCUAUUUAUACAAAUCCAGCUACCAACCCAAAAAUUAAAGAAUGGCCUGCGGCCAAAGUCAGAGACACAUUCUUGAACUAUUUUAAAUCAAAAGGUCAUACAUUUGUACCAUCUUCUUCGGUCAUCCCACACGAUGAUCCAACUUUAUUGUUUGCUAAUGCUGGUAUGAAUCAAUACAAGCCGAUUUUCCUAGGUACUGUUGAUCCAUCCAGUUCUUUUGCGAAUUUGAAAAGAGCAGUUAAUUCUCAAAAAUGUAUCAGAGCUGGUGGUAAACACAACGACUUGGAAGAUGUUGGUAGAGACUCUUACCACCACACUUUCUUUGAAAUGUUGGGUAACUGGUCUUUCGGUGAUUAUUUCAAGGAGGGCGCAAUCAAAUACUCUUGGGAAUUAUUGACUGAGGUUUACGGCAUUCCAAAGGAUAGAUUGUAUGUGACCUAUUUCGGUGGUGAUGAGAAAACAGGCCUUGAACCUGAUUUGGAAGCAAAGGGAUUAUGGCAACAGGUUGGUGUUGCUGAUGACCAUAUUCUACCAGGUAACGUCAAGGAUAAUUUUUGGGAAAUGGGUGAUCAAGGACCAUGUGGACCAUGUUCUGAAAUCCACUAUGACAGAAUUGGUGGUAGAAACGCUGCUUCUUUAGUUAAUGAAGAUGAUCCAGAUGUCUUGGAAAUAUGGAACAAUGUCUUUAUGCAAUAUAAUAGGGAACCAGAUGGAUCUCUAGUUCCUUUACCAGCAAAACAUAUCGAUACCGGUUUAGGUUUUGAGAGGUUGGUUUCUUUGUUACAGGAUGUUAGAUCCAAUUAUGACACUGAUGUCUUUUACCCUAUUUUCCAAAAAAUCCAAGAAAUUACAGGUGUGAGACCUUACACCGGUAAGUUUGGCAAGGAUGAUUCCGACGGUAUUGAUACGGCUUAUAGAGUUCUAGCGGAUCACGUUCGUACCCUUACAUUUGCUUUGGCUGAUGGUGGAGUACCAAACAAUGAAGGUAGAGGUUAUGUUUUGAGGAGAAUUUUGAGAAGAGGUGCUAGAUAUGUGAGAAAAUAUAUGAAUUAUCCAAUUGGCAAUUUCUUUUCCCAACUAGCACCUACAUUAAUUGAACAAGUCAAGCACAUCUUUCCGGAAUUAGAAAAGGACCCAUCUACUAUCUUUGAAAUCUUGGAUGAAGAAGAAGCUUCCUUUGCAAGGACUUUGGAUAGAGGUGAAAAGUUGUUCGAGCAAUAUGCCUUGAUUGCUUCUAAAACCCCAGAACAAACACUAUCAGGUAAAGACGUGUGGAGAUUAUACGAUACCUAUGGUUUCCCUGUUGACUUGACUAGAUUAAUGGCGGAAGAAGCAGGGUUGAAAAUUGACGAAGAGGGGUUUGAAAAGGCAAGACUUGAAUCCAAGGAAGCAUCAAAGGGAACUGGUACUAAAACAGGAAAGACUUUACUAAAGCUUGACGUUCAUGCCUUAGCUUCCUUAAAUGACCAAUCAGUUCCGAAAACGGAUGAUUCUUUCAAGUAUGAUACUAAGGAUAUCCAUGCAAAGGUUUUAUCGAUUUACUCCAAUGGUCAAUUUGUUGACUCGAUUUCACAAUCCGAACAACAAGUAGGUAUUGUCUUAGAUAAGACUCCGUUCUAUGCCGAACAAGGUGGUCAAGAAUUUGAUACUGGUAAAAUUGUCAUUGAUGGUAAGUCCGAAUUUAGCGUUGAAAAUGUCCAAGUUUACGGUGGCUAUGUAUUCCAUACUGGUUUUGUACAAGAGGGGGAAUUGAAGGUUGGCGAUGAUAUUAUUGCUGGUUACGACGAAUUAAGGAGAUGGCCUUUAAGAAAUAAUCACACAGGUACACACAUCUUGAAUUUUGCCCUACGUAAAGUUCUUGGUGAUUCUGUCGAUCAAAAGGGUUCUUUAGUUGCACCAGAAAAGCUAAGAUUCGAUUUUUCUCACAAGAAGGCUGUCGAGUUGAAGGAACUAGAACAAGUUGAAAAUAUCACGAAUAAACUUAUCAAAGAUAACCUCAAGGUUUAUGCAAAGCCAGUUGAACUGGAAAUAGCUAAAGGCAUUAACGGCUUGCGUGCUGUUUUUGGCGAAACAUACCCUGAUCCAGUUCGUGUUGUUUCAGUUGGUGUUCCAGUUGACGACUUGCUAGCUGAUCCCUCCAAUGAAAAAUGGAACAAUUACUCGAUUGAAUUCUGCGGUGGUACACAUGUUGCAAAGACUGAUGAUAUUAAAGAAUUCGUCAUUAUUGAAGAAUCUGGUAUUGCGAAAGGUAUUCGUCGUAUUGUGGCUGUUUCUGGUAUGGAAGCAAAGGAAGUCCAAAGAAAAGCAUCUGAAUUCAAUGGCAUAUUGAAUGAAGUUGAGAAAUUGCCAUAUGGUGAAGUUAAAGAACGUAGAAUUAAGGAAUUAGGUACUGAGUUAGGCAAGUUAUCCAUUUCUGUUAUUGAGAAGGCUGCUUUAAAAGACAAAUUUUCAAAGAUCGAAAAGGCAGUCAAAGACGAAACUAAAUCACGUGUCAAGAAGGAUACUGCCAAAGUUAUGGACGCUGUUAAAUCUUAUUUUGAAACUCCCGAACAUUCUGCUGUUUGUACAUUGAAGGUUACUGCUGGUGCAAAUGCAAAAAUUGUUGCCGAGGCAAUCAACUACAUGAAGAAAGAACAGAAGGAAUCUUGUUUAUACCUUGUUCUUGGUGAAGACCAGGGUAAGGUUGCGCAAGGUGUUUACUUGUCACCAGCUGUUCAAGAUAAGAUUGCAGCAGUUGAAGUUGCCACUAAGGCUGCAGAAUAUAUUGGUGGUAGAGCAGGUGGUAAAGGUAACUCUUGUCAAGGUAUGGGUGAUAAAGCAGAGAAUGCAGACAAGGCUGUUGAAGAAAUCAAGACAUUACUAGAGAAACUGUCAGUGUAA